GAGCGGCGCCCGCGUCUGCAGCGGCGCGGAGUCCGAGCGCGCGGCGCGGCAGCGGGGUUCGCGGCCGGGGCGGGGACCGGGGACGCGGCAUGGCGCUGCGGCGGGGCGGCGGCGGGGCGCCGGGACGGCUGCUCUUGCUGCUGGGAGCCGCGUGCCUGAUCCCGCCGAGCGCGCAGGUGAGGCGGCUGGCGCGCUGCCCCGCCACUUGCAGCUGUACCAAGGAGUCCAUCAUCUGCGUGGGCUCCUCCUGGGUGCCCAGGAUCGUGCCGGGCGACAUCAGCUCCCUGAGCCUGGUAAAUGGAACGUUCUCGGAAAUCAAGGACCGAAUGUUUUCUCAUCUGCCUUCCCUGCAGCUGCUAUUGCUGAAUUCUAACUCAUUCACAGUCAUCCGGGAUGAUGCUUUUGCUGGACUUUUUCAUCUUGAAUACCUGUUCAUUGAAGGGAACAAAAUAGAAACCAUUUCAAGAAACGCCUUCCGUGGCCUUCGUGACCUGACUCACCUUUCUUUGGCCAAUAAUCACAUAAAAGCACUCCCGAGGGAUGUCUUCAGUGAUUUAGACUCUCUGAUUGAACUAGAUUUAAGGGGCAAUAAGUUUGAAUGUGACUGCAAAGCCAAGUGGUUGUAUCUGUGGUUGAAGAUGACAAAUUCCACUGUUUCUGAUGUCCUGUGUAUCGGUCCACCAGAAUAUCAGGAAAAGAAGCUGAAUGACGUGACCAGCUUUGACUACGAAUGCACAACUACAGAUUUUGUUGUUCAUCAGACUCUGCCCUACCAGUCGGUUUCAGUGGAUACGUUCAACUCCAAGAAUGAUGUGUACGUGGCCAUCGCUCAGCCCAGCAUGGAGAACUGCAUGGUGCUGGAGUGGGACCACAUCGAAAUGAAUUUCCGGAGCUAUGACAAUAUUACAGGUCAGUCCAUCGUGGGCUGUAAGGCCAUCCUCAUCGACGACCAGGUCUUUGUGGUGGUGGCCCAGCUCUUCGGCGGCUCCCACAUUUACAGAUACGACGAGAGCUGGACCAAGUUUGUCAAAUUCCAGGACAUAGAAGUCUCUCGCAUUUCCAAGCCCAACGACAUCGAGCUGUUUCAGAUCGAGGACGAGACGUUCUUUGUCAUCGCAGACAGCUCCAAAGCCGGUCUGUCAACCGUGUAUAAAUGGAACAGCAAAGGAUUCUACUCGUACCAGUCUCUGCACGAGUGGUUCAGGGACACGGAUGCCGAGUUUGUUGAAAUAGACGGCAAAUCACACCUGAUCCUCUCCAGCCGCUCCCAGGUCCCCAUCAUCCUCCAGUGGAAUAAAAGCUCUAAGAAGUUUGUCCCCCACAGCGACAUCCCCAACAUGGAGGAUGUGCUGGCCGUGAAGAGCUUCAGGAUGCAGAACGCCCUCUACCUUUCCCUCACCCGCUUCAUCGGGGACUCGAGGGUCAUGAGGUGGAAUAGUAAGCAGUUUGUGGAGGUUCAGGCUCUCCCAUCCCGGGGGGCCAUGACCCUGCAGCCCUUUUCUUUUAAAGAGAAUCACUACCUGGCCCUGGGGAGUGACUAUACGUUCUCCCAGAUAUACCAGUGGGAUAAAGAGAAGCAGCUCUUCAAAAAAUUUAAGGAGAUAUAUGUGCAGGCGCCUCGUUCCUUCACAGCCGUCUCCACUGACAGGAGAGAUUUCUUUUUUGCAUCCAGUUUCAAAGGGAAAACAAAGAUUUUUGAACACAUAGUUGUUGACUUAAGUUUGUGAAGGUGUGAUUGGUGAACUUAAAAGACGUGUAGCUUUAGCUGUCACAGGAGAGGACCAAGGGGAAAAAAGAAUCCAGGUUCACAGGUCUGAAAUUACAAAUGCACUGGGGAAAUAGUUAGAAGUUGUCAAACUUUUAGAACUCAUAUUUUAAUCAGGGAUUGCAUUUAUUGGCUAACUGCAUGACAUGUCCAUUCUCCCACUUAAAAACACAUCUGAAAGCCUGUAAUUACUGAGAAAACAGUACAACGUUAAGUCUUACCAUCUAAGGAAACAAUGCGCCUUUUUUUCUUUUUAAUGAGGAAGGAGAAAAUUGGAUAAGAUGGGACAGCUCUUAUAAUGAAAUAAAAACAAAAAAAGACCAAACACACUAUGGGCCCUUCUCGUUCCAUUUUAGCAAUCUAGUGGGUAAGAACUCUCAAAACCAAAGUCAGCUGAAAAGAUUUGCUGAUGAUUAGUUUAAAAAUCUGAUAACACUCAGCAAUGCUAUUUUGAGCCUUCCCUGUUUCCUGAAUCCCCCCUAAUAGCAGAGCCUUGACUGUUUCAUUGGCUCAUAUAGAUGGAUGUUCAUCACGGGUGUGUUAACAAAAUAACGUUUAGCAUUGCUUCCUCUGCUACAGAAAAAAAAUUCUGCUGACACGUGUAUUGGUCCAUCACAGGCUGUGGACCCAGGAGUGAGACAAAGAAGUUUCCCCCUCUUCUUGGGGUUCAGAGAUGACCCGCAUGGUGGCCAGAGCAAUUGUGCUUGUUUGAUGCUCUCCAUGACUCAUCUGCUUCUCUGGACCCAUCCUUCGAGUUUGUGGGUAACCAGCAGACAGGCCAAAGACUGAAUGGUGCUUUUUAUUCUGUCCUUUAGAGCAGUAGAACAGGUAUUUUCAUCUGUUGAGCAUUUGGUAGAAUUUUUGAAGUAAGGCUUUGUGGAGUCAGAGAGGGCUUUUUUAUACAAGUCUUGAUGUUCUUUGAAACCUAGAGAUG